UUAAAAAAAAAAAUCUUAAUUUUGUGAAAUCCAAAGGGAUCAUCAUAAUCAUCAUCCCAUGUGUCUGACAGCAAGAGAAGAAUGUCACGUGUUUGUGGGUCAAUUUAACCAAAUGCUAUAUCUUCCAAUUGCAGCAUUAUCAAAAAUUACUAAACUAAAAAGGCCACGCACAAUGACUCAUCAUCGCGUGGGCUUUGACAUAUGGGCCUUAUCUUAAUCGGGCUUUACAAUUAAACCAAACAGAUAUAAAAACAAGCAAAUCCUGACCUGGCAGUGGAUCUUCAUGUGUCAUCCUCAAAAACCAUAGAAUCUAAGAUAAGAAGAUAAGGGACACGUGUCAAAAAUCCAACACACAGAAACACAUUUUCCCCGAUUUACUAACGCACAACAAAACUCUUUCAUUCUCUUCUUACACCUUUUCUCCAGAGUUCCGACAAUGGCUUCAGCAUCAGCGACAGCUACUCUUCUCAAACCCAAUCUUCCGCCGCAUAAACCGACCAUCAUCGCCUCCUCCGUAUCUCCGCCUCUUCCUCCUCCACGUCGCAACCACCUCCUCCGCCGCGAUUUCCUCUCCCUGGCGGCAACAUCCACGCUUCUAACACAAUCGAUUCAGUUUCUAGCUCCGGCGCCGGUCUCCGCCGCUGAAGAUGAAGAGUAUAUCAAAGAUACGUCGGCAGUGAUCAGUAAAGUAAGGAGUACGCUUUCGAUGCAGAAGACAGAUCCGAAUGUGGCUGAUGCGGUGGCGGAGCUGAGAGAAGCGUCGAAUUCUUGGGUUGCCAAGUACCGGAAAGAGAAAGCUCUUCUCGGAAAAGCUUCUUUCCGGGAUAUAUACUCGGCGUUGAAUGCUGUUUCAGGUCAUUAUGUGAGUUUUGGUCCGACGGCUCCGAUUCCGGCGAAGAGGAAGGCGAGGAUUCUUGAAGAGAUGGAAACUGCUGAGAAAGCUCUCACAAGAGGAAGAUGAAAAAACUGCAGUCAGGCCUUCUUCUCCAUUUUCUUGUUGAUGAAAAUUUUAUUUUCCUAAAAAUGCCAAUCGAAUUAUAUGAGAAGAGAAACUUGAAUUGGCUCGCCUGCUUUUUUUUUUCAUUCCUGUAAAAUACUUAAUGUUCUGCAUGAUAAUUGCUUAAUUAUCAUUAUCAGAGAUACUUAUAUAACUUAUAUCGAAUUCCAUUUUCUCAAUGAUUGGAGCUGCUUCAUAAGUUCGAUUAACUCUCUUCUGUUGUACUAUAUACUUCCCUAGAAAAUUUGUCUACACUUUCUUUAGUUUUUGAUAGAGGAGAAAUGAAUUACACCAUUAUAAAAUCUCCAAAACUCCUAA